AUUAGUCAUCUAGCCGUAGUGCACUGGAAGCCGCGUUUGCGAUCAGUUGUUUUUGUGCUCUCGAUGCAGAGUGAGCAUCGUGUGAGAAAAUAAGAUCACCCCUGGGGGAUCCGUGUUUCAAUUGUUAGAUUGUGGGUGACGGAAACACCGGGACGACUACUUUGUGUGAUAUCCACUGUGUUUGAGUUUGAUUUUAGUGCUAGUGAUCGAUAGUUGUAAUGAAAAUGAAGCUGCUCAUAGUUUUAAGUGCCUGCCUUGCGAUAACAAUAGCACAGAAAAAUCGACGUUUCAACCAGAAAACCACAACAACUCCACCGCCGAGCAAUGACAAUGAGUUCUUUGAUGAUCGAAUGUGUGAUGAAAUGAAAUCUGCUGCAGGUUCCGAAGUCGAUCCUUGGGCCUGUCUGUGCCAUCAGUUCCAAUUCCAGCGGGAAACAUGUGAAAGCGAUAUCGAAAAGUACCUGCCUUCACAGCCUGGUUCGAAGGUUUGUAAGGAUCAUCGCCAUUACUACAUCGGCUUGGAUAACCGGUGCAACUACGACCGUGCUUUGGAUUCCUCAAACGAUCCUGCCGGGAAAGCUAUGCAGUUCGCGCUGGAUCUCUUCCGGGUUGCCGAUAAUAAAAACCCCGAUGAAAAUUUCAUCAUCAGCCCACUGUCUCCACAAGUGCUGCUGGCACAGCUGACGGAAGGUUGCUCCGAAAAGGCCCGGAUGGAAAUGGUCCAUGGCGUCAAGUUGAAUGGAAACGAAGCGGCGUCUUUAGUGGAUGCCCUAACGGCUGCUAGCAAUAAGGACUCCACUGCCAACAAGCUGGAUAUAGCAUCAGUGUUUUUCAAAUCAAAGGAUAUCAAGUUGCAGACAGAAUUUCGUGACGAUGCAAAGCAGAACAAUAUUAAGAUGAAGGACAUCGAUUUUUCCAAUCCGCAACAAGCUGCAAAUGCAGUUAAUGAAUGGGCGAGUACUCAAACUCGAGGCAAUAUUCCACAAGUCAUAACAGAACAGGGAAUCGCCCCGGACAUGAUGAUGCUGUUGAUGAACGCUGUCUACUUCAAGGGUACCUGGUUGUAUAAAUUCAAUGAAACACUAACGGAUAGACGGGCCCUAUUCGAAUCUUCAAAGAACAAGAAGAUGCCCGUUCACAUGAUGGCGCAAUCGAACAAGCUUCGCUUUGGUGAAAUCAGCUAUGGCGUUUACUCAGACUUCAGGCAAGGAUUGCGCUGGGUCGAGCUUCCGUACGAUGGUGAUGAGUUGUCGAUGAUUGUUCUUCUUCCGAAGGUGCGUCUGCAGCUGGACGAAAUGCUGCGUCACAUUAAUGGAAGUCAUUUCCAGGAAAUUUUCGAUGUGAUCCGCCGGAAUCACAACCCGAUCAAGAUUCACCUCAAAAUGCCACGAUUCGCCAUCAAGAGCUCGGUGUCGUUGGUUGAACCAUUGAAAAAGCUCGGCAUUAAGGAAAUUUUCGAAGAUGAUAAUCCUCUGCCGAAACUAUUCAAGACGCCCGCCAAGGUGGGAGACGUUAAGCAGGAUGCAUUCCUCAAAGUCGAUGAGGAUGGCACUACUGCGACUGCCGUCAGCAGAGUAACGAUUAUUCCACUUAGUCUGAAUAUGUACGAAGACAUGGAUUUCGUUUGCGAUGAGCCGUUCAUGGUGAUGGUGGUGGACAAAACUCGCCAGAUUCCACUUUUCAUGGCUAAAAUUAGGAAACCGGAGAAGUCUAAAGAUGACCAAUCGAGGACACGUGGAUAAGACUUGAUUUGCAUAUGUGACGAGCAAUGAUUCGAUACUAAUAGAAUAUACGUUUUUUAAAAUGUGGAAAA